AUGUGGACGCUGCAGUUCCUGGCGCAGGUGACGAAGGGCGUGUCGGCCGAGGUGGCGCCCGAGCCGUGGGAAGUGACGUUCCAGCAGCCGGCGUCCGACUACCUGGACUUCCGGCACCGCCUCGACACGGCCAACGUCUCCCUGGAGAACGUGAUCGUGCGCGAGUCAGAGGAGGCCGUGGUGGGCACGGUGAAGGUGCGCAACCUGUGCUUCCAAAAGGAGGUGCUG